AAAUCGGAGGCCUUGGAGACGCAGCCAGUGAGGUUCCUGAUGUUCCUGAUAAGGAACAGCUUUUGGAGGCUGAGCAGAACGUUGAGAGAUUUGUUACUCAUAGCAAAGGUCGGCGUCUCAAGCUGAUGUUGCGGAAGUAUGGUGAGAACGACAUAGUACUGGCCAAUGGCACCAUAAACUCGAAAUAG